AAAACACUACCGGUACAUUAUCGCAAAUUUCGGGUCUUUUGUGACACCAUUAUCGCUGAAUAUCUCUUCGUUCUGGUCACUCAGGCAACAACUUUCUCAUUCGCUGUGAGUCCUGUCCUAUAAAAUUAAGGAUUUCCGGUCGUGCCCCUGUCACUCUGCUUAGCUGGACGUGGGAUCUAAAUCAUGGUUAUGCGACUUGCCCUCUACGCAGCUCUCGCCUUAUUCAUCCACCAUGUUGUUGCCGAUGGAGGCCAAUGGCAAAACGAUGGGCCUUCUCUAUCCGACUUGAUCAAUAUCGACUUGUCCUUCUGGCUUGGUUGGUUCUUCAUCGCCUUCGUGGCCUCCUUCAUUAUAUAUCAGAUUUCGCUCCACACCGUUCGUUAUGUCCGGACAGUUACAUGUCUCAACAACGAGAAGCAGCGCUACUUUGCUGCGCCAAACGCACACUUCUCGGCAUGGAAACGCCAUAUCAUAGACGCACCGCUGUGGAAACAUCGCCACCACCGCGAGUUCAGGUUGUCCGCAGCCGUAAACAUUGGAACCCUCCCGAGUCGACUGCAAGCCCUGUUAUUAGUCGGGUACCUGGCCAUGAAUUGUGCCUACUGCGUCAUCGACAUUGACUUCAACCAGCCGCUGAAGGCAUAUGGAAGUAUCAUCCGGGAUCGAUUUGGAGUACUCGCAGUUGUCAACAUGAUUCCCCUUUUCCUCAUGGCAGGACGUAACAAUCCUCUGAUCAAUCUCUGUGGUAUCUCCUUUGACACAUUCAACCUGAUGCAUCGAUGGCUGGGCAGGAUCGUGGUUCUACAAUCUCUAGGACAUACAAUUGCAUGGAUGAUUGUAAAAGUUGAACAGAAAGGAUGGGCUGGAGUGAAGGAAAAGUUGUUGACCAGCGAAACUAUAAUCAGUGGCACUGUUGCAACCGCAGCGAUGGUUCUGAUUGUACUCUCCUCUCCAUCAAUAGUCCGUCAUGCCUUCUACGAAAUGUUCCUGCAUGUCCAUAUCGUCCUUGCCGUUGUCAGUAUUGGCGCAUUAUGGUACCAUCUCAAGGAUCACGCACAGAUGCCGCAGCUCUACGCAGUCAUUGCGCUCUGGGCCUUUGAGCGCGGCGUUCGCAUCAUGUCCCUCAGCUAUCGCAAUAUCGGCGCCGGCGGAACGCAUCUCGACGUCGAGACCCUCCCUGGCGACGCUCUUCGCGUCAACAUGACCAUCGCGCGCCCCUGGAAGUUCCGUCCCGGUCAACACGUCUACCUCUAUGUUCCCUCUGUCGGCUGGUGGACAAGCCACCCAUUUUCGCUUGCCUGGUCUUCUGAAGAAGACUCUGACUCGUCCACGCUGUCAUAUUCUACGGAUGAGAAGAACCUAAAGCUGGCAAAUGACACGCUGGUGCCUCGGAAAGUCCGUAUGAGUUUAAUCAUCCGCCGUCGUACAGGUUUCACCGACACACUGUUUCGCCGUGCCCAUGCUUCACCAACUGGCCGCUUCAGCACAUCCGGUAUCGUAGAGGGUCCAUAUGGCGGACAAUCACUUACAUCUUACGGAACACUGAUGCUCUUCGCCGCAGGCGUCGGCAUCACGCAUCAGCUACCAUAUGUACGCGACACGGUCAGCGCGUUCGCUGCAGGCACAACAGCGACGCGUCGCUGUACGCUCGUUUGGGUAAUUCAGAGUCCGGAACAUCUGGAGUGGAUACGGCCGUGGAUGACAUCUAUUUUGACGCAAGAGAAACGCCGGGAUGUUCUACGAAUCUUGUUGUUCGUCACACGGCCACGAAGCACGCGCGAGAUAUACUCUCCCAGCGAGAGUGUGAAGAUGUUCCCUGGGAAGCCAAACGUGCAGGCCCUAGUCGACCAGGAGAUGGGCGCCGGAGUCGGCGCUGCGUGUGUGAGUGUAUGCGGGACAGGCGGAUUGGCAGACGAUGUACGAGCGGCAGUGAGGGCAAGGCAAAGAGUGUGGAAUGUGGAUUUGAGGGAGGAGAGUUUCUCUUGGUGAGGGACCGCGUAUCUGGAUUGGAGUCAACUGACUUGCUUCUUCUUUCACUUUGUAUCAUAUUACUACGUUGACGGACUGUUCAUGUUUCUUUGUAUAUACUACGCGGGGGAGGGGUGUACACACAAAGCGGGUAUGCAUGACAGUACACUGUCAUGAACCCUAGAAUAGGUGAUGAAUAUGCAGCCAUGGAGCUCUGCGAGCGUCAAGGCACUGACAGGUUCAGCAGACCAUACAUUGCAACGUUAAAAAACUCACAAUCAUACCAACUCCCAUUCGCACGAC